UCGUUUAGGCCCGCCUUGUCAAUGCAAAGCUAGGAUCACCUACCCAAGCUUCUAUUCUUGUGAUUAUUCUGUUCAUCAAUGGCUGGCGAUAAUUCCAUCCACGGCAACCGCUACACGCCCUUUGCCGAGCUUAUGAGAUUGGAGAGGACUGGGGACCUUACGUUCAAGUCGGUCACGAAGGGGUAUGGAAUCGCUAAUAGCUCUCGUAGCUAUGGCGGACAUGUUUACGCGCAAGCUGUCUGGGCAGCGGCGCAGACGGUGAAUGAAGGCCUCGUCGUUCACACCGUCACCGGUUUCUUUACCCGUGAAGGUAAAACGAAUGUUCCAUUCGUGUAUAAGGUGAGAAGGAUAAAAGAUGGCAGACGCUUUUGCACUCGAACAGUAGAGGUCGUGCAAGAACCCGAGAAAGGAGUAUGCUUCACCUGCACAUGCUCGUUCAAGAGAGACGAACCCGAUGUCGUGAACUAUCAGGAGACAGUGAACUUGAAAGAGAAGUACAAGCUCGCAUUGGGAGACAAGCAGCCGCACGAAUGGCCUGAAGCGCCAGGGGUCGAUUCGCCAUGGUAUUGGAAAAAGUCAGCUGCGGAUGACAAGUUCAACGAUGUCUUCCCUGGCCUCUCGCUGCGCAAGGUCGACAUGACCCCGUACAAUGCAACGCUCCAGCCGCUUGAGCGGCGUCAGCUCCAGCUCUACUCAGCCAUAGGACGCAUGCCCCCGGUGGGUGAACAGGCGAACCUGCAUGCGUGCGCACACCUGUACGCGAGCGAUCGGAACAGUCUGUUCAUCAUCCCGAAUCACCUGGACGUGGGGGAUGGAUAUACGGAAAUGGCGAGCCUAAGCCACACGGUCGUGUUUCAUGUAGGCUCUCAAGGGUUGGACAUGGGCUCGGGCAGAUGGUACUGCCAGGAAGCGCGGAUGACGAGAGCAACUAGUGAUCGGGGCUUGCAUGAGAGCAGGAUUUGGAGCGAUGGGGGUGGGCACGUAGCAAGCACCUGGCAGGACGGACUGGUCAGGAUUGGGGACGGGAAGCUACACCGGUCCCUGGGCGUCCUGGCGGAUGGACGGUGGUCCAAAGGGAAGCUCUAGGGCAAGCGGGGAAGUCAUCUGUGCAGGGAUGACUUUCCGUCGCC